AUGAUAUUGCCAAUUGUCUACGAACCACCUUUGGAAGAUGAGGAGAUAACGACAGAAGAUGAAUUUGGAACUGGAUUGUCACGAAAUGACGGAAUGGAAAUAUUGGAAGAGGAUUUUAUCCAUCCCGAGGAUUUGGCAGUGGAUAAUGGCAACAAUGUGGACCAGUAUCUUGGAUACACAUAUUACGAAGGAGAACAACGUAAACGGAAAAAUGACGAAAUUAAAGAUGGCUAUCGUGCACAAGGAUCUCAAUUAAACACCAACCAUCUCAUGUACAGAUUUAUCCGAAGGCAACAGUAUUUUGCCUCGUUAUUUAUCCCAGGCGAUCGUCAGCCACGCAAGCUAGUCCAGAACUUACCUCUGCGAGGCUUUGCACGACACAAGCAAGCCAAUAAGAAGCUGUAUCCACAAAAGAAGAAAAAACCUACGCGGCACCCAGACGAUAUCGACAGGUUCUUCUUUGUUCUUGACGACUACGACCCAAUUGAAGAACUGCCUGAGCCGACGUCGUUACCGUGGAUCCAGCUGGCUUCGUUAGGAACAUUUAUUACAGGCAUCACCGUCUACUUGGCGCAACUGCUUCUUGACAUCAACCAGAAGCCGAAUCUGCCAAUCCCAUUUGGUAUCAACCGAUUUGGUCGAGACUUGAGACACCAAGAUGAAUCUAGAAACACCAGUAUCGACGAUUUCGAUGAGACAGUAAAUGGAGUGAUGCAUCCUGCCUGUCGCCCUCAAAUGCUGUGUGAAACACGGCAACUAAUAACUUACGUGCCAGCCUUCGAACGUAUCGUCCAAACCUACGGAGUGAGCCUCAAAGGACUGGGUGACGACUACGAACAGGCCCUGCAGAACGGGGCAGCGCGACGGUCCUGCCAACAAGAACCCCCCGUUUGCACCUCAAGCUUCGUAACUUGGUUACUGGAAGCCACUAAAGCCUUCGACAGACUCUGGACGACUGACCAGGAGAACUUGAACAGAACCCGCACCAAUGCCAAGAAAAGGAAGAGGCCGGUAAUUGAAAGACUACGUGCUUAAAGAAUCUUCAAAAAAUGAUCAUCGUCCUGUAUUUAAGUCUCCGAUUUUUCGUGUUGAAUGAAACGUACAUGAUAAAUGCGCAUUCAAAUAUUUAUUUACUGAAUGAUAUCAAAGGAAAAUUUCAACUAGCAAGGAAGUAAGAGCUAGUAAGCCAUAACAAAAAAUGAAUUACCAUGAUGCUACAUGACCAUUUAGAAACCCUUAUCAGAUAUCUAUUUUAAAUAACAUCCGCUCUCUAAUGUUAAACUUUUUUCCUCCGCGGUCAAAUGCGAGGUCAUCACAAAGAUGGAAUUAAGUUGAGCGUAUUACUCAAAAGUUUCGUCACGGAAGCAUAGACUGCUGUUUUAGUUUAGUCAAUUCUGGUACCAUAAAGUUCGUGCGUACGAUCCUAAUCAGAACCAAAAUUGUUCAAAAUUAAUCUAGAAUUGUUGAUCUCUCUUUGUAGUUAGUGGAAAGGUUCGAUUGAUAAAAAACUGGGCGCGCAUACUGCUAUAUUUUCCUGUAUUAUUGUUAUUGGACGGAGAAUUUUUGAUAAUCUGUGCUUGUCACUUUAUGGUUUUACGCAAUUAGUGCGGAAGAAUCAAAUGAACUGGUGUUUUUGUGAUCUUGAACUCGUGUUGUAGUCACCUAUAAAAAUCAAAUUCGCUCAUAUUUUAAUCAUAAAAUCAUGAUUCUGUAGCACGUCCCUGAAAUGACACAACUAACUUUAUCAAUGUUAUCCCUUAUGUAUAAGAGAAUGCUCCGCAUCGAUGGUUUCCUAAAGACUCUCUGAAUGGAAGAAUGUGUAUGACUUUAUUUGUCACAUUUAGGUAUUAAAUCAAUGUAUCAUGAGGCUAAUACCUUCACGGUGUUUGCUUUUGCUUGGACUUAUAUGUAAGUUUAAAUAAAUUAUUUACUUCUAUUACGUUCAUAAUUACGGAACGAAAGUUCAGCUCUACUUCAUCACACAGAUUGUGGACAAUAAAACUUGCGUGUUGUAGUAUUAGAAGCUUUCCAAGUUGAUUGCGGCGUUCCAAUAAGAUUUAUCUCGUUCGACAUUGAAGCUGAUUUUAAACUGGCUAAGUUUGCUUAUAUAUUCGACCUAGCUUCAAAGUAGUAUAUUUAAGCUUGGUCACACCAGAUUUGUGUAUUAGGUACAGAAUGAGAAUGACAGUAUGCGUUGCGUGUCAGUGUGACAAUCUAAAUGAGAAUGCGUCUCGCACGUCCAUGUACGAAUGAGUUACUGUACAUAUGAGGCGCAUACUAAGUUCAAACUAUAAGAUCUACGUCAUCGUAUCUCUGGCAAGAAAAGGUAGUUUUAAUUCAUUAUUCUUAAUGGUAAACUGGAACAACUUUAAAGUUCUAAUAUGAAUAAGCUCUAAAUUUAGGUAUUUAUUUAUUAUAAUUAUAGCUCGUUUAUUCUUAACUUAAAAUCUAAGUUUGUUCAAAUGACGAACAAUUAUCGUUUCAAAUGCGUAUUGAUAUUAUGCAUUGCUUGCAUUUUUUGUCAGUCGUAAUAAUUAAACCACCGCUUCUCAUCGCAAAUAUAUU